GAUGAGGGGAUGGCAUCUAAAGAAGAUGAUGAAGACGCUGUGGAUGAAGGAGAGCAAUUCAUGGAAGGAGUGAGCAGUCAAGGUCGGAAUCCAAGGCCGUCUUGUCCACUGGCUGCCCUUCUUGGUGAACGAUACGGUGGUGGUGCAGCACAAACCAAGAAAAAUACCCAAGAGGACGAGGCCAAGGAGCAGAUGACCCGCUACAAGGAGGCGGAUCUCCUGGAAGUGAAAGAAGAUCCACUGGUCUGGUGGAAGGAGCACCAGUGUCAGUAUCCACUAUUGUCACAACUAGCUAAAAGGUACCUCUGUAUCCCUGGCACCAGUGUUUCCUCUGAGAGGGGCUUUUUCACCGCCGUAGAUAUCAUCACUGCUCAAAGAAGUGCACUUCUCCCAGAGCAUGUGGAUCAAAUUAUUUUCCUGAACAAAAAUCUGAAGACAACGUAGAUCACUUGGUCUGCAGUUAUGUGGAGAGGAGAGUUUGUUUAGUGUUCACUUAAGGCCUUAAGCUACUUUGCUAAGAUGGGUACAAUUUUAUUCAACUUGAAUUAUUGUCUGGCUGC